AUCAAGAUGAAUGGAUGAAGACAUUCCCACCAAUGUUAUUAUUAUGUCCUCUUUUACAAAACAAACACAUAAACCUCAACUUUGCUCAAAACCUUAUCUAUCUAUCUAUUCCAUGUUGUAACUUACACUUCCACUGUCUGUCUCUUUCUUCUAAUUGUCACUUGAGAUUUGUUCUCUGAUUUCAAUGGCAUCAUCCAUCAUCUCUUGUCACUACUGUUCCAACUUUGCCACUACCCCCAUUUUGUUUCACUCCAAUAAUCACUCUAAACGUCUUAAAAAUCCAUUUUCUCAUACCAAUGUUGGACUUCGAAGUUUCACUACUCGUUGCUCUUACCAACCACCACCAACCCAUCAUUCUCAAUUUGAUCACAAACAUAAAGAAAAGUCAUUUUGUUUCAAGCAAUGUGCGAUAUCUAUAGCACUUGCAGUUGGGUUAAUAACGGGAGUUCCUACAUUGGGGCAGCCGAACAAUGCACAUGCAGCUAACUCUGUGUUAUCUGAUCUAUCUGUAUUGAUAUCUGGACCGCCAAUUAAAGACCCUGGGGCAUUGUUGAGAUAUGCUCUUCCUAUUGACAAUAAGGCGAUUAGAGAAGUUCAAAAACCACUUGAAGAUAUUACAGAGUCUCUCAAAAUUUCUGGAACCAAGGCACUCGACUCUGUCGAAAGAAAUUUGAGACAGGCAUCUCGAGCUCUCAAGCAAGGGAGGACUUUAAUUGAAUCUGGUUUAGCUGAAUCAAAGAAAGAACAUGGAGUCGAAUUGCUUAAUAAGCUGGAAGCUGGUAUUGAUGAGUUUGAACUGAUACUACAAGAUAGGAAUCGAGUCGCUGUUGGACCAAAACAGAAAGAACUUCUUCAAUAUGUUGGAGGUAUUGAAGAAGACAUGGUUGAUGGAUUUCCAUAUGAAGUGCCUGAGGAAUACCGAAACUUGCCUUUAUUGAAGGGGAGAGCAGCUGUAGAUAUGAAGGUCAAGAUUAAAGACAAUCCAAACUUGGAGGAAUGUGUUUUCCACAUAGUUCUUGAUGGUUAUAAUGCCCCUGUAACUGCUGGAAAUUUCGUUGACUUGGUAGAAAGACACUUUUAUGAUGGCAUGGAGAUUCAGAGAGCGGAUGGAUUUGUUGUCCAAACUGGUGACCCUGAAGGUCCUGCUGAAGGUUUUAUUGAUCCAAGUACAGAGAAAACAAGGACUAUACCAUUAGAACUUAUGGUAGAAGGAGAAAAGGCACCUGUUUAUGGUGAAACUCUAGAGGAGCUUGGUCUAUACAAGGCUCAAACAAAGCUUCCGUUUAAUGCGUUUGGAACAAUGGCAAUGGCAAGAGAUGAAUUUGAGGACAACUCCGGUUCUAGCCAAGUAUUUUGGCUAUUGAAAGAAAGUGAGCUAACUCCGAGCAAUGCCAAUAUAUUGGAUGGUAGAUAUGCAGUUUUUGGCUAUGUAACUCAAAAUGAAGAUUUCUUAGCAGACCUUAAGGUUGGUGAUGUCAUAGAAUCUAUUCAAGUUGUUUCCGGUUUAGAUAAUUUGGUGAAUCCAAGUUACAAGAUUGCCGGUUAACGAUCUCUAUGUUCUCAUGCUAUUAAAUACCGUGCACGAGUGUCCAUCGACACUUGCUUCAACUUUCAAGGCUAUUGGAGAAACCACGAUUGUUAUCAGAAUCUAGCAUUGAGUUAAACAGCUUGAGAUAUAUUCUGUUUUUAUAAAACUGAAUUGAAAACGGCUUGUAGCUUUUAUUCAAUCAAUUCGUCAUUGAAAUUAUGAGUUAUGACUGUUGUAUGAGGAAAUUGUAUGUAGGUCAUGCAUGUACUGGACCUAUUCAUAUGAGAAGAUAGAAUAUAUAUGUUGUUUGUUUAUUGUCUA